AUGAUUCUCCUCCGUCUCCUCAUCGUGCUGGCCCUGUGCUGGCCUGCGACCAGCGCCUGGGACAGCUGUGGAGGGACCUGCGGACUCCGGCCCACGGCUGCUGCUGAUGACACCUCGCACGUGGUGGGGGGCAGAGACGCCCAGGCAGGGGGCUGGCCCUGGAUCGUGAGCAUCCAGGAUACCCGGAGAAGAGGCACGGGCCAUGUGUGUGAAGGGUCCCUCAUCAGCCCACAGUGGGUCCUGACAGCAGCCCACUGCUUCACUGAGGCCAGGCACAUCACCAGGUGGCGCGUGGUGGUGGGGGCCACCAGUUUGCCUCAGCCCGGCCCGGAGUCCCAGGUGCGCUCUGUUAAGCAGUUGCUGGUUCACGAAGAGUAUAACAAGAUCUCGCAGAGCAACGACAUUGCUCUGCUGCAGUUGGACGAGCCUGUGCGGUGCAGCGACUCCAUCCAGCUCGCCUGCGUGCCUGAUGCCUCGCUGAAUGUGUCCGAGCUGACGACCUGCUAUGUCAGUGGCUGGGGGUCCACGAUGGCGAGAGGCGCAGAACCAACAGAUGUCCUGCAGGAGGCCAAGGUCCUCCUCAUCGACCUCAACUCCUGCAACAGCAGCCGGUGGUACGCAGGGGCCGUCCACCCCCACAACCUGUGCGCUGGCUACCCGCAGGGCGGCAUCGACACCUGCCAGGGUGACAGAGCUGCUCCCCUCUUCUGCAAAGACAACAGUGCUGAGUAUUUCUGGCUUGUUGGGGUGAGCAGCUGGGGGACAGGCUGUGAGAGAGCAAGAGGGCCUGGAAUCUACACCUCCAUUCAGCACUUUUACAACUGGAUCCUAGAACAGAUGGGGCUGCCCCCAGAAGGAACAGCUGCUCCAACGCCACGGCCAGCCUUCCCCCCAACCCCCUUGCAGACGCCAAGGCCAACACCAACAGAAUCAGGCGGGUUCAGCUCCCGCCCCCUUCUACUGCAGAACUUGGUGGAGUUCUUGACGUGGUUGCAGGAGCUCCUGCAGAAGCUGAGGGAAGGCCUGAGCAGCAGGAUGGACAGGAUCCAUUGCAGGCUGCAGUGCACCGUGACCAUGUCCUGCAGGGGCUCUGCCUGCUGAGCCAAUGGCACCCUCAGGGUCAAAGGCCUGCUUGGUCCUGCCCACGCGCCUCCGACUGCAGGAGAAGUUUGUCUUAGUUCUUGAAUAAAGUUCCCAAGUUUCACGGCUCACCAUGCUUCUCUUCUAUUCUGUCUCCUGGGCAAGGCAAGGAUUCCAUGCCCAGCACCUGCAA